ACUUGCUACAUUUUUAUUUAGUUAGUGACCGUUCCUUGGCAACGGACCACUGCGCGCGGUUGAACUUUACGUGUUUAUCAACAGUGUUUCGUGAAAUUACAACAGAUGAGUGAGGUGUUAAGACUAUCGGAAGCUUAUAAGUGCUUCGGUGCCUACAGACUUUGGCAUGGGCGGGCGCACGAUGAUUAAAGCCGCAGCCGUGCUGAUAACGCUAGGGUACUGCAGCCUCCUGGUUUACCAAGGCGGAGCGACUUACAAUUCCAUAGAAAGUCGACCGGGCCAAGUGAACUCCAUAGGAUCCAUAGAAAGUCGACCGGGGCAUAUGCAUUUGGUGGAAUUUGACAACGUCCUAUUGAAAACACUAAGCAGUGGACAGAACAAAACCAAAACCGAAGUGUCAGAGACCGACGAAAAUAAUUCAAAAAAGAAACCAAUAAAGGUAUUGCAAUUGACAGAAUCCAACGACGGUCUGCUGGUGAAACCAAUUUUAUCGGAGUUCAAUAAUAAAGGUGAAAAUAAAAUAGUGCUAAGUGAUAUUUUCAUUAGUGUCAAAACAUCAACAGCGUACGAAAACACAAGGUUACCUAUAAUAUUGAAGACAUGGUUCCAGCUGGCGAAAGAACAGAUAUGGUUCUUCACAGAUGUAGCAAAUGCGACUCAACAAAGAAUGGCAGGUGGUCAUAUUAUAAGCACAAAAUGUCAUCAAGGCCAUCAACUGCUACCUCUCUGCUGCAAAACUGCCCAAGAGUACGACACCUUCUUGAAAAGCGGCAAAAAAUGGUUCUGUCACUUCGACGAUGACAACUACGUGAAUGUACCGCAGCUGGUGAAGGUCCUACAGAGAUAUGAUCCACAAAAAGACUGGUACCUCGGCCGCAACUCGAUCAGUUACCCUCUCAAGAUGGGUAAGACGAUCAGUAAAAAGAAAAGACUGUACUUCUCCUUCAUGUUUGCUACCUUUGGUGCUGGUGUGUGUAUAAGCAGAAGUCUGGCGCUUAAAAUGAUACCAAUAGCGAGUGCCAACAGAUUUAUCGGUCUUUGUCACCGAAUUAAAAUGCCGGAUGAUGUUACCAUGGGAUAUAUUAUAGAAGUGUUGGUGAAGCAGAAAUUGACGAUAGUUCCGGAGUUCCACUCGCACCUUGAGAACUUAAAGACUAUGAAUCCAGAGACAUUCCGAGACCAGAUCUCUUUGUCUUACAGCAGCGACAACACAGUCAACGUCAGCGGCUUUGACAAUGUAACAGAUCCUACUAGGAUAUAUUCGCUGCAUUGUACCCUCUUCCCGUACUUCGAUAUCUGUCGAAACAGAGAUACUAUACCACUUCCUCCCACGCCAACACGAAGACCUAAAAAGCGUAAGAAAAAAAUUAAACUAAAUGAAAAGAUGUAUUAUUAUAAAUAUCAAAGAAAACGCACCCCGAGAGAGAGUGAUGAAGAUGAAGACUCCCCUGUAAACGCGUAUCGAAAUGUAACAACAAGUAAAAUCGACUAAAACACUAGUCAGAACAAUGUUUAAGUACAUUCAGCUAAUAAUGUAUAGUCAUUGAAAUUGUAUAUUAUACGCUACGGGACUUUUACGAAUAUUUCCAACUUUUUAAAAAUUGUGAAUUUGAUGAGUGUAAUGCCUCAAAAUGUCUUAGGUGCAGUUAUUUUACCCUAAAACUUUUUAGGUUUUUUACCCGAUGUAAUUUAACCCUUUGAUUCUUCUUUCCGUAUCUUGUUGUUUUUGUUUCUAAUAGAAUUGUAAAAAUAUUUGGGCUUAUAAUAACCUAUUUUUAAACUUUUGUAGUUUUUAAACCGUGUAAAAAUUGUUGAAGGAAGAUACAUUAUACCUUUCUUACUUUUAUAGUUUUGUAAAUAUCAAAAGACACAGCUGUUUAUAAUGUUAUUUUAAUUAGUGAAAUCGUGAAUAUUAUUGUCUUUAACUCAUGCCUGUGAUACUAGAUUAGGAAAAUAUAUAUGUAUUAUGUAUUAUUAAAAUAGAAAUGUGUUAAAGCUUUCCAGUCACAAAUGUUAUAACAAAUUGUUUGUAAAUUAUGUUGUUUAUGAAAUAAACAAUUUUAAACUUUAA